AGUGAGCCAUAAACUGUAUUAGCACUGGGAGUAUUUCUGUUCUAUGUUGUCUAUAAGACUUUAGAUACUUACACAGUUGAAAAUAUACUUAGCAAGCAAGCAAAUGCUGUGUUUCUCUUGUGGUCUGAAACUAUAAUAUGAUAGAAUCUUCACACAAAUCUGGUGCAAUUCCAUAGAGGUGUGUUUUCCUUCCCCCCUUCUUCACAGAAAAAAGGAAUAUACCAAGGGAAGGAGGAAAGUGGAAAUAAAGCAUGACAGAAGCAAAGAGGAAACAGGAAAAUGCCAUAUGGAGGAAGAUCCAUGCCUUUCGCUACAAAAACCUCAAACUCUGGUGUGUAAACAGGCUGCCUCUUUUGGAGUGGGCACCACACUAUUGUUGGAAAAUGGACCUGCUGCCUGAUAUAGUUUCUGGGAUGAUGUUGGCAGUUCAACAGGUGACACAAGGGCUGGCUUUUGCUAUUCUAUCAUCAGUGCAUCCGGUGUUUGGUUUAUAUGGAUCAUUCUUUCCUGCUAUUAUUUAUGCCAUAUUUGGAAUGGGUCGUCAUGUUGCCCCAGGAACCUUUGCUCUGACCUCCUUGAUUUCUGCAAAUGCUGUUGAGCGUCUUGUUCCUCCCAUAAGCAAUUUCACUUCAGACAAUACAUCUGAAGUAUUGGGCUUAUCUGAGUUUGAGAUGCAGAGGAUUGGAGUUGCUGCAGCAGUUUCACUACUAGGAGGACUGAUUCAA